AUGGGUAAUCCAAAAGGGGUUAUCAAUGAGUAUACGAUAUUCGGCAACAGCAUUACUGCCAAGGUCAAUCUCUUGGAGAGGAGCUAUUCUUGUCGAAAAUUUGACUUGGUGAAAAUGUCAUGUGAACACGCGAUGGCAGCUUUGCGAGGAAAGUACGGUGAUGGCAAAGAUUAUGGUAAAUCCAUCUACGACUACUCUUCGCCAAUUCAUAAAGCUGAAAGUUACCCCCAUGCAUACUCGAAAAAAAUUAACGUGGUCCCUCCGAAGGCUGAAUGGACUGUGCCACAGGAAUCUGUAGACACCAAAAUUUCUCCACUCCCGUAUGAUCUCAAACUUGGAAGGAAGAAAGUCAAACGUACUAAGGGCGUCGGUGAUACAUUCAAGUCCAAAAAGAGGAAUAGCUGCUUCUUUAUUCUCACCUUCUUCUCCUUCUUUUUAGCAUUUGAGGAUGCAGGGGAUGGGUAA